GCUGUCAAACUUGUAUUUUUGCAGAGGGCACCUUAUCAGUGCUGUGACACUUGAACAAAUGAACUGAGCAUGCGCAACGCCGACCUAUAAACAAACGAGUUGACUUAUUGUAGUUGUAGAAUAUUUUUCUGGAGUUUUGCUUCUGGGUUCUUGCUCGAAUCUGUUCUUGACUUGCGUUUGUGCAGUUCAGUUGGGAAGUUGAGAGGGCAGUUCCAGUUAGCAAUAAGGAUAACUUACUUAUAGGUGGCUGUCGCAUUCGUUGGCUUGUCGGCUGUAGAACGGUGAUUUAUAGCGAGAGCAAGAUUUCAAGUUCUUUGGACAUGACAUGGUGAUGGGGCAGCUGAUAAAGGAUCUCAAAGACCUUGAGAUUCUGUGAAAUUGAUCGACCAACAUUUGUGGCAGACCCACUGGCCAAGGGGCCAAGCAGGACUGUGCAGUCAUAUAUAGCUCCGACAGAUGGUUGAGUUCAUUUGUGCCCCUGCCAUUUCUUCAGGACAGAUCGCCUACUUAAAGAAUGAUGUCUACAACUUUGGGAGAGGAAAUACAAAGGUCAUUUCCAAAGCGCUGCCUGGUCUUCUUGAAGAAAAGAAGGAACAGUUGCUGCAGAGACUUCUUAGCUGGGGUGUGGAGAGCACAGAUGAUCUUAAGUAUGUAGAGGAGCUCCUGGAGUGGACCUGUCUGAUUUACUCCCGCCCAUCCAGAUUCGCAAACUGCUAGACAGCUUUAUGAGAGCUGGAGAACAAAAUCAAUCUGGUGAUGUCCCUCCAACAAUACCUCCGCCUUCUUCCACUGUCACAUUAGACACCAUUAGCCCACCAAGCCUUUCUUCAACCACAGCAGUUACUUGGCCUGAGUCAUUUCAGGUUCCUUGGAACCAAAUGCCGAAUUGCGCAGUGCAGUAGCGAAUGGAAAGAGACCACUCCCCCCAGAUCGCCGCAAAAUGAUUCGUAUAAUUGUUGAUGAAAUUAGGAAACAUGAAAAGAAUCCAAGCAAAGCACAGUGCCUUGCUGUUGCUCUCAAAAUUGUCAAAAAGUAUCCAAAGAGCUUUUCUGAUUUUGAUGAUACUCAAGAAAAAAAUGAAAUUGGGUACUACUCCCUCUUGAAACAAAUAAAAACCCGUGUAGAACACGUCAAUAGAGAUAAUACUUUAUCACGCAGGCGACGGAUCAGUGGAGUAACUGACACACCUGAGAGAAUGCAAUGCAGAGAACCAACAGCCACAUACGGAUGCACACAAUGGCAGCCUGAGCCUCCGCUUGCAAAUUCUGAUGAUGUACUUGAGGAAAAAAGACAAACUUUAGAGAAUUUGUACCAGCGAUAUGGAAAAAGUGGAGCUGACAGGAGUGAUGUUUGUGCCUUAAUGAAGGAAACUUAUUAUUUGCAAAGAAAGCACAUCAAUGACACACAAGUACUUCCUAUCAAAGACCUCAAAAGCAAAUGGCCAUACCUGUUUGUGCAAAAGCACAUAUAUGCACAUUUUGAGGAGCUUACCAGUAUCGCCAUACACAAAAGGCUCAACCAAGCCAUACAGGAGUAUGGUAAAGUCCUCGUUGACUUCUUUAAGAGCAAACCCACAAAUGAAGUUGUCAAGAAAAUCUUGUCCAGCGAAGAAGAAGUUGGACCCCUUGUGAUCAAACUCAUCCUGGCACAUUGCCGAGAGGAUCUGGAUGGUCUUCUGCUUCUUGCGAAUAGGUGCGCCACAGCAGCUGACCUUCAAGCGACACACACCAUACCUGGGAGCCCACGACUAAUUGUGCUUGGAGACACUUUGACGAGUGGACACUGGAUGCUGACUAUUGAAGGCGAGGUUGUGUGUGAGGGCAUUCAGCCCAGCUUCCUGUCUGGCCUUGCCACUCUGUUCGCAUCGUACUAUAUAUUCAAUCUUGAGUACCAGGAGGAGGCAGCAUGUACCUUGGAGUUCAUUCAAAGACGCUUUGUAGGUAUUAAUCCGGAGAGAGGAACAAAGAAGUCGAAAGGAAAAGUGCCAUCUAAAACGACCGGGCAAAUGGUACAGAAGAAACAGGUUGCAGUGAACCCACAUGUUGCCACUCUUCUUUGCAAAGUGAUGGAUUUUCAGUGGAAUUUCUGAAAUGUAAGUACACACACAUCAAGAUCUAAUUUUCCUUUUAUUAUUCUCUGUCUCUGACUGUAUCCGUCAUUCUCUAUCUGUAUCUGACUGUAUCUGUCAUCCUCUGUCUGUCUCUGACUGUAUCCGUCAUUCUCUAUCUGUAUCUGACUGUAUCUGUCAUCCUCUGUCUGUAUCUGACUGUAUCCGUCAUUCUCUGUCUGUAUCUGUCAUCCUCUGACUGUAUCUGUCAUCCUCUGACUGUAUCUGUCAUCCUCUGACUGUAUCUGUCAUCCUCUGUCUGUAUCUGUCAUCCUCUGUCUGUAUCUGACUGUAUCCGUCAUUCUCUGUCUGUAUCUGUCAUCCUCUGUCUGUAUCUGACUGUAUCUGUCAUCCUCUGUCUGUAUCUGUCAUCCUCUGUCUGUAUCUGUCAUCCUCUGUCUGUAUCUGUCAUCCUCUGUCUGUAUCUGACUGUAUCUGUCAUCCUCUGACUGUAUCUGUCAUCCUCUGUCUGUGUCUGGCUGUAUCUGUCAUUCUCUGUCUGUAUCUGUCAUUCUCUGUCUGUAUCUGUCAUCCUCUGACUGUAUCUGUCAUCCUCUGACUGUAUCUGUCAUUCUCUGUCUGUAUCUGUCAUCCUCUGACUGUAUCUGUCAUCCUCUGUCUGUAUCUGACUGUAUCUGUCAUCCUCUGUCUGUAUCUGACUGUAUCUGUCAUCCUCUGUCUGUAUCUGUCAUCCUCUGUCUGUAUCUGUCAUCCUCUGUCUGUAUCUGUCAUCCUCUGUCUGUGUCUGGCUGUAUCUGUCAUCCUCUGACUGUAUCUGUCAUUCUCUGUCUGUAUCUGUCAUCCUCUGACUGUAUCUGUCAUCCUCUGACUGUAUCUGUCAUCCUCUGUCUGUAUCUGUCAUUCUCUGUCUGUAUCUGUCAUCCUCUGACUGUAUCUGUCAUCCUCUGACUGUAUCUGUCAUCCUCUGACUGUAUCUGUCAUCCUCUGACUGUAUCUGACAUCCUCUGUCUGUAUCUGUCAUUCUCUGUCUGUAUCUGACUGUAUCCGUCAUUCUCUGUCUGUAUCUGACUGUAUCUGUCAUUCUCUGUCUGUAUCUGACUGUAUCUGUCAUCCUCUGACUGUAUCUGUCAUCCUCUGUCUGUGUCUGGCUGUAUCUGUCAUCCUCUGACUGUAUCUGUCAUCCUCUGGCUGUAUCUGUCAUCCUCUGGCUGUAUCUGUCAUCCUCUGGCUGUAUCUGUCAUCCUCUGGCUGUAUCUGUCAUCCUCUGACUGUAUCUGUCAUCCUCUGACUGUAUCUGUCAUCCUCUGACUGUAUCUGUCAUCCUCUGACUGUAUCUGUCAUCCUCUGACUGUGUCUGUCAUCCUCUGACUGUAUCUGUCAUCCUCUGACUGUGUCUGUCAUCCUCUGACUGUGUCUGUCAUCCUCUGUCUGUGUCUGGCUGUAUCUGUCAUCCUCUGACUGUAUCUGUCAUUCUCUGUCUGUAUCUGUCAUCCUCUGACUGUAUCUGUCAUCCUCUGUCUGUAUCUGACUGUAUCUGUCAUCCUCUGUCUGUAUCUGACUGUAUCUGUCAUUCUCUGUCUGUAUCUGACUUCUCUCUAUCUGUGUCUGGCUGUAUCAUUAUGUUUUGUAAUGUAUCUAAUAUAUUGUCCUCUGUUCUUUGCAAUAUUUCUAUCCACUCUUUUGCAUCCUGUGGUGUUCUCCUUUUUUGGAUCAGAAGUUUGUUGGACUUGGGGCCUUGUUGUUUGUGGUGCCAUGGUCUGUUCAUGAAGUGAUGAAGAGUCAUCGGAAUCUUUGUGGUUUUUAUAAUUAUUUUUAUUAUGACCAUGUUGGUCAACUUGUGGUUAUAA